AUGAUUACUGCUACUUCAUUCUUAAAUCACUCGGGCAGUCGACCGCCACGCUAUCGCACUCCUUCGCCUCCGCGACGCGCCGUUGAGCCAAUUUCUCCCUGCACAACCGGCGAUACUCGAGCUUCGUGGGUCGACCGCGGCGCACCUAGAGUUGCGAACUUUGAUCGCAACCAUUUCACACAUAAUAACAGUCGAUAUGCUGCCGCGGAUAACGUGUCUCAUCAGAGAUCCGGCCAUGGUAGGUCAAGUUCAACGAUCGACACCCUUGCGACUAUCGCUCUCGCAACGAGUCCUACUUUUGCACCUCUAUCCUACCGCCCUCCGUCUCAGAAUUCUACAUCGACCAUGUCACUUUUCCCGCCAGAGCCCGUCGACUUCGCAGAGCGUCCGGCUAAACGCCCACGGUCGGAAAAAGAUUCUUCUCCAUCUCAUCAGCAUCGUAUGGGCGCAAUACCUGAUCCAAGCCCGCCAUCAGCUUUCGACAGCAUGAAAACAGAUGCGGAGCUAUUGUUGAACUUUGCGAGGCCGUCCAAUUUCCAUCAUACCGCCCCUUCCUCGAAACGAACGAGCAUAGACGAGUCAUAUUACCAAUAUGGAAAUGAAGCGAAACGUCAUAUUAAGGAUGGUUUAGGGGCUUCGUACAUAGACUUAGUCGAAGAUAAAUCUACUUACAAUACUUCAGGACACGGUACUCUUCCGCCGUCCAGGAUGAGAUCUCGAUCCGACGGUUCGGCUGUUAUUUCUCGGCCCGCCAUACAUAGUACGCGACCGAACACAAGCUCCUCCAGCCUUCAGCCAAUUAUAUGGCAGGACGAAGGAGAUAGCACAGAGAGCAAUUGGAUUUCUACAAAUGCGGUGGCCAACAAUUCUCAUUAUGAUACACAGGCCCCCGCCACCAAUGAGCCUCAAAUAUCGCGAAGCCUUUCUUCCAAGGUGGAAGACGACACAGAGUCUGAAGAGUCUGGCCAGGCAAGUUGUGCUGCUUGUAAUCUCGUCCGAAUACCGAUGGACACUGGCGAACAAGGCGAUGUCACAUGGAUCAGCUGUGACGGCUGCAAACGCUGGUUUCAUAUUGUCUGCGCGGGUUUCAAAAAUGACCGCGAAAUUCGGACGGUUGACAAGUUUAUUUGCCGUGGGUGUCGACCAGUUCACGGACAGACUACCUUUGUUCGCAAGUCUUCCCGUGCUCGUACUGCUAUCGAUUAUGCUGGUCUUAACCAGGGACUUGUUAAGACCGCUACAGACUCGAUGGAGCACCACUAUAUUGAGCCUAUUCGACAAGGCAAAAUCCGCUUUCUACCAGAGAGCUUCCCUCGCAUGCGCCCAGAGCUAGUCACGGCUGAGUAUUUCGAGCGAGGGAAUGGCAUGACAGAGCCAAUCGUAAUACCAGCCCAUUUAAACACCCGGGAUCCGGUCUCGACCAGCAGCCCUGAUUAUGAUGCACUCGUCCAAGAAGCUUCUACCCAGGAAAUGUUCGACGAGCUGUUGGAACACACACACGAGGACUGUCAAGGUGUCGAGACUGUGCUUGACUGUGGCCAAGAUCAAUUAGACAUGGUCAUUCCCCAGGGCCUCACAGUCAGAGCGGUUGCAGAGCUAUAUGGGCUUGAAGAAAGGGUAGAGGUGAUAGACGUUAAAUCACAGCAAGGCGAAGACAAAAGGUGGACAAUGCAGAAAUGGGCCGACUAUUAUGAAAAUGCGGGAUCUAAGGUCGUUCGAAACGUCAUCAGCCUGGAGGUGUCGCAGAGUAGAUUGGGCAGAUUGAUUCGUCGGCCGAAGAUCGUGCGUGAUCUUGAUUUACAAGAUUCAGUUUGGCCGGAAGAUCUAAAGGCACUUGGGGAUUAUCCCAAAGUCCAAUUUUACUGUCUUAUGUCCGUUGCUGACUGCUACACGGAUUUCCACAUCGACUUCGGCGGCUCAUCAGUAUACUAUCACAUUCUGAAGGGCAAGAAGACAUUCUUCUUCAUACCGCCUAAGGAUAAACAUUUGAAGAAAUACGAAGAGUGGUGUAAUUCACCUGCCCAAGACUCUACCUUCCUUGGGGACCAAACUAAGGAAUGUUAUCGGGUUGAUCUUUCUGAAGGGGACACAAUGUUGAUUCCCUCCGGCUGGAUCCAUGCCGUGUGGACUCCCAAGGACAGCUUAGUUAUCGGAGGCAAUUUCCUUACAAGACUGAACUAUGGGAUGCAGAUUAAAAUUGCCAAGAUUGAAAAGGAUACAAAGGUCCCAAGGAAAUUCCGAUACCCGUUCUUUCAGAAAAUCCAAUGGUAUGCAGCUUUGAAGUAUCUUGAAGACGACCCCAUUCCCCAAAGUGUAUUGGAUGCCUUCGCGCAGGACGAGAAUUAUCGUUUCCAUCGAGAUUACCCCAUCUAUUACGAAUUCGGAGAACGGACAAACACAGCGCCUCUCGGAUCACCGUAUCAUAAUAUGCGCUUCUACUCGCAAGCUGAGUUAGAGGGAUUACCAGACCUUGCGAAGUAUCUCCUUCGGACUGCUUUGAUCGCUGGCUCUUACAUUGUUGAAGGGGUGACGGCGGACGGUAGGAACGCAAUCAAGCGAUCAAUUCCGAAAGGUGUUGGAGAUCCGAUUGAUACUGUUAGAAAAUUCGGCAUCUGGGUCGCUUGGAAGCGUGGUAAUGAAAAAGCUGCUCAAUGGACACGACCUGGUGUCGUUGAAAGCAACGCCAAACUCAGUCUCACAGAGAAAAAGUCUGCUGGUCGACCUAGUCGCCGUUCAGAACGUAAUAUGGACAACCAACGCAUGUACGCAGAGAGACAGGCUGUGCAGAGACCCCUAGAACAACAUCGUGAAACUUCCAAUGGGGUCUCCGGUAGUAGCACCUCGGUACCACCAAGCAUCGUCGUUCCUACACCUCUCAUCUCUUCGGGUAGCGGGGUGAAAGAGGAGAAUGUUUCCAAGCCUCGAAACAUUCAUCGGGGUUCUGGACUAGGUCCCAAGCGGGUUGCCUGUGAUGCUUGUCGCAAAAGAAGGAUCCGAUGCCAUCAUAAAGAUGAACAAAGUGACCCAACGCCAACGAAGCAAAUGACGGUUGGUGUCUUCGCUGGAAGCCAAUCAUCCCUGGCACAUGAUGCCGCAUCUGCGCUGAGCUCUUUGGCAGCAAUUGCAUCUGAAGCAGGUCUUCAAGAUGGAAAUGGUGGAUUGGACCGAUUCGAAACUGCUGGAAAGUACGGGCCGACUGUUAUGGGUACACCGCAUACAGUGACUAACAAGCUAAACGACAUUAGCCCUGAUGGGAUCAAUGCAGGGAAGAAAGGGCGUAGCAAGGCUUGUGAUGAUUGUCGAAAGAGCAAGGUAUGCCGCUGCGCAACCCCCGUUGUGUAUAUUACUUAUUAA